AUGAGUGUCUCGUCUAUUGCAGAAGUGGUAUCGGCUGGUGAUGCUGUCGACGAAAAGAAAGAUGACGACGGGAGCGCCACCGUUCAGUUGAUGGGGGGACAACAGCAGUUACUAGCAAACUUCGAAGAGCGGCAUGGGAGCUCGAACACCGACUCCGCAGCUCGCCGCACAUUAGGCAGUGUCCUGCAACUCCCGAUGUACUAUCUGGAGGAGCUGUUUGCACAUUUGGAACGUUUCAUGACGAGUGGAGCACUGCAGGUGCCUCUUCAGUCAUCAGUGAAAGAUACGGCUGCUACGCCGGUCCCCCUGUGGUAG